AGUAGAAGCUUUGGUCCUUUAAAUGUACUGUACGUGCAAAGAUGGCAGCUCAAGUCGACUUGCUCCGUGCGAAAGUAGAAGAAAAGGUUAGAGACAGCCUGGACAGAUUCAUGAAAGAGAAGAAAAAGAAGAAGAAAAGGGACCUGUCACCGUUAGCUGACAAACGGGAGAGGUCGGAGAAAGAAGCGAAGAAAGUGAAGCUCCAUCACCAUCACCACCACAACCACCAACACGCCGAGCAGCGGACCCAGCAGCCGCAUCAGCUGCAGCAGAAUGCUCCUGCCCGCAACUUCAGCACCGACAAACAUGUUCUGCAGCACCACCAGAACAGCCACCACCACCGCCACCACCACCACACUCACACCAACGGUACGAAGAAGAACCUGCAGCCGACUGUGCCCGCUCCUCCUCCUCCUCUUCCUCCUCCGCCAAAGGGACCAGAGCAGCUGCAGAAGAAGAGAGCGGUGCCCUCCCAACCACCUGCGCUCUUCACUUUUACACCGCUCAAAGUGGUCAAGGCCAAAGCCCAGGGAUUUAAAGAAAAACACAGAGAUAAAGACCUGAAACUGAAGCUCAAGAAGGAAAACACAGAAGCAAAUGUGAAGCAUGCAGAGGUGAAGAAAAGUAAGGAGCCAAGACCCCACAAUGAAAACAUCAAGUCUCAGACACUGGAGGAAUACCUUCUAAAGAAGAAAAAGAAAAAGAAGAAGCACCGUGAGGAGGAGCGUUGUGUCAAGAAGGUCAGAUACAUGCACAACAAAGAGGUUCAGACUGUAUGUGCAGGGAUCGGAGCAGAUCUCAGUCCGUCCGUCCGUCCGGAUCUGUCUCAGCCUGGACGCAUGAAGCACGAAAGUAACCACCAGCCUGGAAGAGGCACUGACAACUACCAAUCCUACCUCCAUGGUCUCAAACUUGGACAGGUCCCCUUUCUCUCCCACCAAGACCACUAUAUCAGAAGCUCCUGCCUCCAGACAGGUACCAGGUAUGGACGCUUCAUCCAUGAGGAAAGGCAAGCCAAUGGUGGCGGCUCAGUUCUCCACGCCUAUGCUGAUGAGUUGGCCUGUCUAAGUCCUGCUGACAUGGAGUGCUUUGCCCAAGAGUUCCUAGAUUUGGCAUUUGGUGAAAAACCCAGAGGUGCAGCGUCCUAUGCCCUGACAGUGGUGCACGGUGCAGCCGCCUACCUACCAGACUUCUUGGACUAUUUUGCCUUCAAUUUUCCCAGUACACAUGUGAAAAUGGAGAUUCUGGGCAAAAAAGAUAUUGAGACCACCACUAUUGCCAACUUUCACUCUCAGGUGAGCCGUACUUACUGUUCGGGGACUUACCGAGCUGGACCCAUGAGACAGAUCAGUUUGGUGGGAGCUGUGGAUGAGGAAGUUGGAGACUAUUUCCCAGAAUUCCUUGACAUGCUGGAAGAGUCACCCUUUCUUAAGAUGACUUUACCAUGGGGAAAUCUGUCCAGUCUGACAUUAGACUGCCGCUCUCAGAGUGACGAUGGGCCCAUCAUGUGGGUGAGACCAGGAGAACAAAUGGUCCCGACUGCUGACAUGCCCAAGUCUCCUUUCAAACGACGCAGGUCCAUGAACGAGAUAAAAAAUCUGCAUUACCUGCCGAGAGCGAGUGAACCAAGAGAAGUUCUGUUUGAAGACCGAACUAAGGCUCAUGCUGACCAUGUGGGUCAGAGUUUUGACUGGCAGAGCACUGCUGCUGUGGGGGUGCUGAAGGCAGUGCACUUUGGAGAAUGGAAUCAUCGACCUCGCAUAACCAAAGACGUAGUGUGUUUUGAUGCAGGGGAUUUCAAUGAAGUCGUCCAAAGGCUGCAGCUGGAUCUCUAUGAACCUCCAGUGUCCCAGUGUGUCCAGUGGGUGGAUGAUGCCAAGCUCAACCAGCUGAGGAGGGAGGGAAUCCGAUACGUCCGUGUCCAACUCUGUGACGACGAUAUUUAUUUUAUCCCAAGGAACGUCAUCCAUCAGUUUAAGACAGUAUCUGCAGUGUGCAGCCUGGCCUGGCACAUCCGCCUCAAACAGUACCAUUCAGAGGAGAAGGAGAAGAAGGACGAACAGCAUCCCAGCGACCCCAGCCCCACCUCAGGCCGGGUCUCCUUUUCCUCCCCUGCCCGACCCGACGCCACCGUAACCCCCUGUGUACGGCCGCAGGGAAACAACAUCCAAGGCGGAGUAGCCAAAACUAAAGAACCAGAUUUCCAGAGGCCGGCAACACCUCCCCAGGAGCCUCAGCCGGCCCCCCCACAGCCCACCAGAUCUGCACAUUUACCCCUGACGUACCAGGAUCCCCAUCUUUCCCUGGCACCUGUCCACUCAGGCUGUACACCUUCAAAUGAGCCUGACCUUCCCAAAGCUCACGGUCACACAGCUGAGUUUCCAAAAUGACCUUUUUCACUUCACAACCUUUACGUCUGUCCACUGUGGGAGAAGUACAUGUACAGGAACUGAAACUAAAACUGACAUCUGUGUCAGAUCAGGAAACCUUUCACUGUAAAUUAUUCUUCACACUUUUUUAAUCUCUAAAUGUUGGUUUAAACAGUCCCUUGAUUUUUCUUUCUCAGCCAAAGCCUACUUUUUAAUGGGACUAAAAUACAUUUUUUCUUUUGUUUUAUAUGUGGUAGCACCUACACAGGAGCUCUCUCAGUUGCAUUAUACAGUAUGUCCCCAAAAAAAAUUACAAUCAGACUUUCUGCAAUGAUAAUAAUGAAUCAAUUAAAAUGCAAUUUCAGGGCAUGAAACUAUAACUUAUUACCUACAUCUUACAGAAAACCCCAUUCAGUUUGCUUCAGCGGUCACGGAGAAAUGGGGAUCUUUGUAAAGCAUGUCAGAAGUCCCUUCCCUUCGAGUUUGGUAAGGAGACGCGUUGUCCAUUGUGUUCACGCCUUACAAAUACAAAGCUGUUCAUUCUCGCAGAAAAAUAUCUCUUUGAAAAAGUGACUGCUUGUUUCUUUUCAUUUUCAGCUAACAAAAUGAAUAAUGAAUUACAUCAAAAAGGAAGCAGAUUUUUGAGUUUUGCAAACGUUGGUAAGGUGUGAAAAUGAAUGAUUAAAGAAAGACAUUAAAUUAUUAACUCAUGGAAGAGUGGAUUGAGAUCUUCCUUGAUAUAACGUUAUGCACAGAAUUUGAAUUCAUUUGUUAUUUGCCCUGUCAGUUGUGAGCAAAAUAUUUUCAUUCAUAUGGAUGCCAAGAGUAUCCAAGUGCCAAACUUGGAAGAAACGAACCCAUGACAUUCUUUGCAAAUAUCCACAUUUCUCCAUGACCAUUGAACCAAAUUAAAUGGGAUUUUCUGCAAGAUGUAGGUAACAAGUUAUAGUUUCAUACCCUGAAGUAGCAUUUAAAUUGUUUAAUUAUUUUGAAAGUUAUCAACAUGGAAAGUCUGAUUGUAAUU